AUGGACGUAGGUUGCGAGAACUCGCUCACACAAAUUGAGAUCAUCUUAGACCCCAGGUCCUUCUCCGACGAACUAUCCCUCCUAGACCACAUGCCAACCUGUUGGGAAUUUAAUAUCCUCAGGACUAGUUGUAGUGGUCGUAGUGGUGGAGGUGGUGGCCCCAAUCCAAGCACCAAAGCCGUCACUCAACCGUCACCUCAGGCUUCUUUUUUCCUUCCUCCGAAUCCAAAUCUGCCGAAACCUGCUAAUCAACUGCCGACGAUGCCAGAGCCAGCGCCUCCACCCUGUCUCAGCAUACGCGAACGGUUAGAAUUGGUGGAGCGGUGGAUCAAUAGCAUUCCACCGGAUGCCUUCACAGAUGAACAGACAUCGCCUACGAAAACAGAGAUCACCUCCGACUCCAAGUCCUCCGCCAACAAACUCUUCAUCUCCAACCAUAAGCCAACCCUCGGCGGCACAAUUAUCCCCAGCACCAUUGGUGGUAGUGGAAGUGGCAGGAUCUCUAAACGUAGAGCUGACUACGACUACCACGUGCAGCAACAGCACCAGCUGUGGUCGCAGGGAGUUCGCACUAGCCGUGGUGGUGGUGGUGGUGAUCAGAAUGCGGGUGUGGCAGUCCGACGCAACACGACGACUGCCCUAGGUGGAAAUCGUCUUUUGCCUCAGUCUACACCUGGCGGCAGCAACCACCAAUCGCCUGCCCUCGCUAGGCCUGCUCCCUCCUUUUCGUCUGCGCAUAGUUACAGAUUCAGGGAGAGAUCUUCCAUUGGAGGAGCUUCGAAUCGGGCCUUCAAUGACUACGAGACACAGUUAGUUGUCGAUCUGUUUAGGGACAUUCUCGUGAAAGGCAACUACCCUACCAUGGGUGAGGUGCGUCAAAGGACUACUAACUCCGAGCUGCGGGCCAGUCGCUCAGUGAAAGGUAUUUGGAAAAAGGCGAAGCAGCUGCAUGCAAACGGCCGUUGGAAGGAAUAUGCUCCCCCGUAA